GUUCCUGCCAAAAUUCGUGGCAGCACCUUGGCAGCGCGACAGGGGUUCGCCACCUGGGUCACAGGGUGGACCAGCUGAGCAGGAUUCCGAGCUUUCUCUCUGCCACUGCUUGACAUUCUUCUUCCUUGGCUUUGGACGACCCUUCCAAUAAUUAGCAGGCAUGGAGGAGGGGAACAUCAACGAGGGCCUGCUAGGCCCCACGCAGCGGCUGGCCCGUGACAUCGGGCUCAGGGGCGUUCUGAAACUCUGGGCGCUCGGGUCCCUGCUUGGUUUGGCAGUAACCCUCGCGUACCUAACCCAGCCCGCAGAGAGCACAGUCUAUAUAGCCACUGCAGAGAAUGCAACUUUCUCUUUUGCUGACGCAGACGCAGCGUUUGGGGGGCUGAUUCCGCCGAACGGCUUGAGGGGGGUGCUGCGCAGGAGCUCCCCCCUGGAUGGGUGUGGGGCGAUGGAUAUUUCGGCCGCUCCAGGGGAGGUGGAAUUUGCACUGAUUGAGAGAGGGCAGUGCACAUUUGAUGAGAAGGUCAGGAAUGCGCAGAAUGCCGGGUUUGCGGCUGCCAUCAUAUUCAACAACGAGCCGGGGCGGGAGCUCAUAACCAUGUCGGGCCGGCGCACUGGAGAGAUCUACAUUCCCGCCGUCUUUGUAACCUACAAUUCGGGGCGGCAGCUACUCUCGGUGAUCGAGCAGCCCGACACGAUUUGCUACAUCUCGUCCACGUUUGAGAACACCGCGUGGUCCGUCAUGGCCGUGUCCUUCAUCUCGCUGCUCGCCGUUUCCGCUGUGCUGGCCACCUUCUUCUUUGUGCGCCGCCACCGCCUCCGCAGGAUUGGCUCGCGCCUGGUUUUGGUGCGGACGGAGGACGCGGGUAUGACAGCGCGCGAGGUGAAGGCGCUGCCGAGCUUCACAUUCAGCACAGCGACACCUGGCAGCGGGACGAGCGAGACGUGUGCCAUCUGCCUGGAGGACUAUGAGGCGGGGGAGAAGCUGCGGGUGUUGCCGUGCCGGCAUGAGUUUCACCUGGCGUGCGUCGACCAAUGGCUCACGACGCGCCGCCCCUUCUGCCCCGUCUGCAAACGGGACGCCCACAGCACCAACCCGGUGCCCCCCCCCUCCGAGAGGACCCCCCUGCUCGGACCUCUUUUGCGGCAGAGCCCCCGAUCCGCUCCAGGCGGCACGUCGACUCCCGUCCAGACCCCCCCUCACUCGACGGUACAGAUUGAGGGUCUGGAGGAAACUGCUAGUCGAAAUAGCCCGGGGCAAGGGGCCCAGUCCGUUGGCAGGGGAGAAGCUGAGACUGGGGGGGAGAUUGAGGGGGAUCUAUCAACAGGAGGUGGGGGAGACGCGUCGGGAAUUGCGAUCGGAGGGGCAGAAAGGCCGGCGUUGGUUGCAGCGGCGACACAAACGACGUCCGGUUCUCCAUAAGGAGGCUGUGGUGGGGCUGCGGAAGGUUGCUAUCCAGAGGGAACAUGCAGUAGCCUGGAUAGGUGAACUGUGAGGCAACGAGGUGCGUAUACGAGGUGGUUGGAGAAGGUCGCGACGGGUGCCCCAAAAAGUGGGCACGUUGUGAGAGAGGUGGUGAAAUGGGCACUAUCAUGUAUGCCAAUCUCAAGUUACGGUACAUAAAGGUAGGAUGCGGGUGCGCAUGCGGGUGUCGGAAUUGUAGCCUGUCCACUGGCUCCUUAGAUUCUCACAUUUGUCCUCAUGUAAAGGAAGGUAGGAAAACGAGCCUUGUAGAUGUUGUCUUGCUACCUUCAGGUUAUCGUCAUAAGCAUAGGUGUAGAGUAUCCGGUUCUACCUAGCUAAACCCUUUUGCGUUGCGUAAUAGGCCUUCCAUUAAGAAGACCUGCUUGUAAUGAUGUAAGAGUUCACCUUAAGAUGUUUGUCCCCGUCGUGAGCAUCA